AUGGCGUCCCCCUCCCUCGCCGCCGCGGCCACCAGCCCCGCCUCCUCCCCACUAACCCUAGACGCCAUCCCCCUCGCCUCCCGCCCCGCCCCCGGAGCCGCCGCCACCGCCGCCGCCCCGCGCAAGCGGUCGGUCCUCCUCCUCGACCACCGUUCGCACCCCGCCUCCCUUACGCCCCCGCUCCUCUCCUCAACCGCCGCCGCCACCGCCGCCGCGUCCGCUCCGCACGCGCGCCGCAAAAAGACCUCCCACCCUCCCCGGCCGCGGUGGCAGACCGUGCUCAGCAUCGCCGCCAAGAACGCGACCCUCCUCGCCGGGCUGCUCUAUCUCGGGGGCCUCGCCUGGCGCUGGUCCCACCCGCCCCCGCCCUCCCCGCCGCCCGACCGUGCCGCGCUCGAGGGCUACGCCGCCCGCGUCGAUCAGGUCGAGGCCUCCCUCGCCCGCACCUUCCGGAUGAUCCAGGUGCAGCUCGAGGCCGUCGACCGCAAGAUCGACGGCGAGGUCGGCGCCGCCAGGGGCGACCUUCUCGCUCUGCUGGAGGAGAAGCGGCUCGCGCUCGAGGGCCAACUCACGCGGCUCGACGCGAGGGCCGGGAGCUCGGCGACGCGCUGGCCGGGCUCAAGCGGAUGGAGUUCCUCCGGAAGGACGAGUUUGAGAAGUUCUGGGACGAGGUGA